CGGUUUGGGAGGGCGGGGGAAUGGUUGACAGCUUCCGGUUCUGCCCCUGGUAGUCAGCUUUCCUCGGAGUGGUUACGUGUCCUUUGGGCUUGGAGCAUCAGUUGUGCAGAUAGUCAUGGAUCAGGUAAUGCAAUUUGUUGAACCUAGUCGGCAGUUUGUGAAGGACUCAAUUCGACUUGUCAAAAGAUGUACCAAGCCAGAUAGAAAAGAAUUCCAGAAGAUCGCUAUGGCAACAGCAAUAGGGUUUGCUAUAAUGGGAUUCAUUGGCUUUUUUGUUAAGUUGAUCCAUAUCCCUAUUAAUAACAUCAUUGUUGGUGGCUGAAUACUUCUGGAAGACAUUUACUGCUUCAAGCUUGAUGGACAAGUUUGGGGUUGGGAAGGUGUUGGCUUUGUUCAUUUAGUAAAAAUUUUGUCAUAUGUGGUUUAUCUCCGUGGUAUUUUCAGUGUCUGCAUUAAAAUAACUUUUACAGAAAUCUGAACUUCCCCCACAA